AUGUCACCACCCACCCCCACUCCAGCUGCCGUACCCGUGCGCACGCGUAAAAAGCCUGGCCCGAAGCCUCGCCCCCUCGAGCAGCGAGCGUUCGCCCUUCGCAAGCCCGUUACGCGCGUUGAGCGCAGCUACAGCAAGGCGAAGAAGAUUGAGGUGCUUAUGUUCCUACAACACCACCGGGUCCUGCGCACAGUCAAUCAAGACUUCCUCUACCGCUCCAUGCGCGAGCCUGCCAAGGACCCGUACCGGCGGCCAACCUUCGCGGAGGCCUCAAGAUGGUUCAAAAUAUCGAACAGAACAAUUGAGAACUGGUGGAAGGCCCGGGACACUAUCGCUCCAAAUCUUACAGACACCGUCCAUCACGCUGUUGUAGGAGAGGCGUCUGCCACGGUCACGAAUUGUGAGGCGACGUCGGCAAAAGGAUGA